AUGGUAUAUUCUGCUUACUAACCUCCAAUAGAUCCUAAACACUAUAGUAAUUUAUCAAUUGUUCUUACAUUUAUUGGGUUUUGUUUUUUAUCAGAUUUUGUGAUGUAAGCACUCAUUUAUAAUAAUGAUAGUUAUUAAUUUACUAAAUAAAAAGAGCAAAGAAUUUUAUCAAAAGAAUUGGCUAUUGGAUUUUUUUCAGCAUUAUUUUUAUCAUCUGGAACAUUAUUUACUUUUUUAGCUUUAGGAUUGUAUUUUUGA